GGGGUUAAAUGAAUGUUGGAUUUAUUUCAACAGAGAAAGAACGCCAUGUUCCGCUGGUGCGCCUAUCUUGAAGCCUCAACUCAAGUGGAAACAUCUCGCAGGUCUGAAGUCUAGACCUCACACAUGUCUUUAGUCUGGCCAUUGCAUACUUUCGUGAUGACCACAAAAUCAGGUACUGGCUAUGACCAAGCCGCCGUACUUUGUUCUCACCUGGGAGAUAAUGCAAGCACUCCCCAGCCCCUCCGUCACCAUCUUUCACACUUCCCUAUCCCAGAUUCGAACAUAUGCAAUGAUGGUUACUACGAAUUAAUCAAAUUUACUCCACCAAUCAGCAAAUCUGCUACAUUGCGUCUAGAUUUAUGUUUUCAUGCAAGAUUCGAUCUCACGAUACACAUUUCAGAGAUAGGUAAAUGUGGUUGGCUCGGCCUGCUGCCAAAGUUUUGUGGGCAAGACAUCAAAAGAAAGGGCGUAGAAAGAAAAAUAACCCGAAUUUUGGUACUCCAAAAAAGCAAGCGAAAAGCAGUAAAGAUCGUUGGUGGUCAGGCAAAGAAACGAAACCUCGAGGAGAACGAUGGUGGUCAGACUCGGGGAGGAAAAUUAGUCCCGAGGAAGAAGAGAUGGAGAUGAGGAGAUUAGCAAACAAGGAAUCGAGAUUGAGGAGACAAGAUGCGGAAUUUGCUCAGGAAAGGGAACGAUUUGAGAAGAACGCCCACGUGGCCAAACACGAACAAAAGGAAGCUGCCGAAAUAUUAAGAGAGGAACACAAAGAUGUAAAGAGGGCAGAAUCUGAUUUAAGAAGGGGAGAAUCUGACUUGAGAAGGAAGUAUGCGGCUUUUCGAGCUGAGAGGGAAAAGUUGGAAGACGAAAAGGCCUCGAUUCGAGAAGAGAAGCGAAGUCUUCGUCUUGCGAGGGAAAGAUUGAGGGAGUAUAGUGACAGGGUGAGGGAAACUAUCGAUAGGGCGGUAGAUUAUGUAGGUGGAUACCACGAAGAAGAUGAGAGGUUGCCGACAAAACAAUUAUGGAUUCGACGAACAUUAUUCACAUUUACCGGGUUUCCCAUUAUUGGUUUAUAUAGUCAGUCUCGGCAUUGUGUCGGCCACGGGAGAAUAUGGAUUGCUAAUGGACUUUCAGUUAUUGUUUUGACCGGAUGCAUGGCAAAUAAUGUAAUUUCCCGAGCUUUCUUCACCAUCGAUGUAUUUAGCGGCGCAUCCGACGAGUUCAUCGUUCCCAAUUUUCGCGUUGGCUAUUUCGGUACGUAGACACUUUACGCUAACUCUGUGCCCAUACACAACAUAGCAUAACGAACCCCACUAACCAAACCUCACCCAGGAAUAUGCGCCAUAAUACCCAGCACAGGCAAAGACAUCUGCACACCCAAUUUCCCCUAUGGUCGAUCAGCUAGCAGCGCCGCCGCCAUCGUGCAGUCGGCUCUCUUCCAAGGAAGCACCGACACAUCCACCGCCAACAACAUCGAACUCGCCGUCGGCAUUCAACAAAAACUCCUCCCACUAAUCCUAAUGCCAUUUUUUGCUUUCGCCAUCGGACUCCUAUGGACCAUCUGGACGCUCCCUACAUCCAAAAUGGCAUCGGCGAUAUUGCAGUGGAGCGCGGGUAAUAUGAUGAGUGCGGCUGGGAGUAUCAGUACUGCAGGAGGCGCGAUUCAGUUUGUGACGAGUAGGAGUACGGGACAGCAGAUUAGUAGGGGGGUGCCCUUGCAGAUUGGUCAGUAUUUGAUUGCUUUGGGCUGUCUGGGAUUUGCGGCUAUGGUGGGGUAUAUUGAUAAGAGGGGGAGGAGGAAGGCGCAUGAGGGGUUUAAGAUGCAGUUUCAGGUGCAGGAGUUUAAAGUUUGAUGAUGGGGAAUGUGGGAUGGGAGAUGGGGAGAAGUCGUUAUAAUGAUACGGUGAUCUGGUAAAAAGGGAUGUUGGAUAUUGUUUUUGUUGAGGACCCUGUGUUUUAGUCCAGUCGAGCUGAUUGAUUUCUUCACAUUUGUUUUUGUAUGCACAUGUAGGUAGCUUUGUAAAUGGAAGGAGGAUAAAUGCAUUUGAGUAUGUGAAUUAUGCGAUAUGCGAGAAAAGAUAUAUUGCUGCUCAAUACCUAGGCAUGCAUGCAUAUUGACCAGUCGGUGAAUAAGUACAUAAUCAAUAUUUAGAUAUGCAACCAAAAAUCUCAUGACUAUAUAUCAGGAAGACAAGAUCAGACAGAUAGUAGAAUGGAUGAAUGCAUAGAAAGAUACACAACAAGAAACCUCGUGAUAAUAAUAUGCGGAGAAGGUAAGGUAGAAGAGUGAGGGUGAGUGAAUGGGAGAUAGACAAUGUAUCAGGAAACAAAACAGCUGGUGAAUGAUUCAGCUGUGAAGAGUAAGGAGAUACGAAGAU